UGGCAGCAACCUUUGUUCGCACGUGUACGGUGUAGUUAAACAUGGCGAAGAAAUUUCUACGAAAGAAAAGCAAAAGAAUGACGUGCCACAUGAAAUACAAAAUUGCAAAGAAGGUGAGACAACACCAUCGAAAAGCAAGAAAAGAAGCAAAAAAAAACCCUCAUAAGUUUAAAAAGAAAGACCCUGGUGUUCCAAAUAGUCUACCUUUCAAAGAGGAAAUUCUACGAGAGGCUGAAGAGAGGAAAAGACAAGCAGAAGAAAUAAAAAAGAGACGGCAAGAAGAACGAAAUAAGUUACUGAUGGAAAAGCGGGGACUUGCAGAACUUCAACAAGAUGCUGAGAAAAGAGGUCUACAAUUUGAUACAAAGGAGGCAACAGAUGCAGCUGGUUACCAUGACAUCCAAGCAGAUUCUUCCUUGAGAGUGUAUCAUAAGGAGUUUAAAAUGGUUGUGGAACGAGCAGAUGUUGUUUUGGAGAUAUUAGAUGCGAGAGAUCCACUUGGUUGUCGCUGUCCUCAAGUUGAGCAGGCUGUAAUCAAUUCUGGACCUAACAAACGUCUCGUCCUUGUUCUCAACAAAAUAGAUUUGAUUCCGAAAGACAAUCUUAUGAAAUGGCUGCAUUAUUUACGCAAUGAAUUUCCAACUGUUGCUUUUAAAGCCUCAACUCAAACUCAGCAACAUAAUUUGGCCCAUAGUAAGGUAGCAGUAUUGCAUAGUAGCACCACCUUAAUCAAUUCUAGUCGCUGUCUUGGUGCAAACAUACUCAUGAAAGUUCUGGGUAACUACUGUCGGAAUCAAGGAAUAAAAACAUCCAUAACAGUUGGUGUUGUAGGAUUUCCAAAUGUUGGAAAGAGCAGCAUAAUCAACAGUCUCAAGAGAAGUAAAGUGUGUACAGUAGGAGCUACCCCAGGUGUUACCAAAGGAAUGCAGGAAAUUCAGCUUGACAAACACAUCAAGUUGCUAGAUAGCCCUGGUGUUGUGUUUGCAAAAGGGGCAUCUGAUACAGCAGUUGCAUUACGAAAUGCAGUCAAAGUAGAAACUCUGAAAGAUCCUAUUACACCAGUAGAAACUAUUUUACAGAGGGCAAACAAAGAACAGCUCAUGCUAUACUACAGACUUCCUGAAUAUUCUAGCCAUCACGAGUUUCUGGGUUUACUUGCCAAGAGAAUGGGUCGUCUGAAAAAAGGUGGAAUUGCAGACAUUGAAGCAGCUGCCAGAAAACUGCUAACAGACUGGAAUAUUGGCAAGAUCAAAUACUAUACUCACCCUCCAGAGUCCCAAACACUCCCAGCACAUAUCAGUGCCGAGUUAGUGGCUGAAAUGGGGAAAGCUUUUGACAUUGAUUCAUUGGAAAAUGAAGAGGAGAAAGAACUAAAUGGUAUACCACUUGUUUUGCCAAGUGAUGCAAUCUUAGUAGAAUCAACAGGACUUACAGAAGGUGUGAUGGAAGAGAAUGAAGAUGGACAGGGUGGUGCCUCAAUUAAUAUGGAGGUGGAGACAACAAGGAGUGAGCAGCUGAGUGAGGCAGUCACUAUUGAUUUACCUAAAAAGAAGCAAAAGUCCUCGAAAGAAGCAUCUCAGAAACUACCAGACUUGCUACAGAUGAAUAAAGAAAAAAAAGUAGCCUUUAAAAAAAUGAAGAAGAAAUUGAAAAAAAAUGAAAAAGUUGCUAAUAAACUUUCAGCGUCCCUGGAAAAUGCUAUGUGUAUCAACACUAUGGAAGAUUACGACUUUUCAACUGAUUUCACAUAAAGUCUAUUGUAAAAAUGUUACAAAGUCACUCAUUAAAAUUUAGUAGUAAAGAUU